UGAAAAAAGAAUAAUGAUAUUGCGCUGUGGUAGAAAAAACGCUGGUCGUGGUGCCCAACUCGUACAUUGGCCGGCCCUUAAGGGUCGCGGUCGACGAAGUUGUUUGCAGCAACCACUCAUCCGUACAGGCAGUACGGGCGGCAAAGCCUGGUGUAUCCUACCAAAUUCCUUCCUGAACGAAAACACCGCCAAAUUCCCGAAAGCACAACAAGUUCCAUCCUGAACAGAAAGCCCAGCCAAGUCCCAAACAGAAUGAAGUCCCAAAAGCCCCAAACGCCGUAUCCCUAUCAAGAGAACCCAGAACGCCAUGUCCCAAACUCUGUUUCCAAGUCAGUCGAGAUUCAUCAGGAAGUCACGACGAAACUUACCGAAAGUCAAGCUCGUUCAAGCUCCUAUCCCAGCAAUUCCCAUCCUGAACGAAAACCCAGCCAAGUCCCAAAAGACACAAACAAACAAACACACACACACACAAGAGGUCAACAGCGCGAAGGCAGCUGGACAGAGAGGUCUGCGUUUCGAAGUCAGCCGCGAUGUUCCAGAACAAUAACGAACGAAUUUCCCGAUUGUUCGAGGGUCAAAUGGGGCAAUGGAGUACUCACAAGAUGUUCAACGGCUUCAGAACAUGCCGGACGGAAGACGGGGUCGAGCGCGAGGCUUCGACGAUUCUACGGUGGAGAAUUGGGAGAAUGGGAUGGACUCCAGUUCCUUGAUAUAGUCUUCGGCGCAGAGGACUAUUUCAGCGCACUGUGAUCGUACGGUUGGGAACUGUUCUCGUAUCGAUGGGUACUUUGAUGGUACGGAUGAGUAAACCGAGGACGAGAAACGAUACACCGGCUUCUUCCGGGGAGCGGCGGUGAUGAACGUUUCUGUCGAGUACCUCUUUGGACGAGGAGGAGCGGCCGCAGCGACGGUUGUUCGGCUGGGCGGAGGAGGAGGAGGAGGGAGGAGAGGGGCCCGCGCAAGGGUGACUGGGCGCGGCGGAG